GUGCCAGAUAUCCUGGUUAUAAUAUAUAGCCACAUGCCUACUAUCCAGGAGGGCAGCUUGAGGCAGUUCCUGGUGGAGGCGGUGUCCAUUUUAGCUCACCGUGACCUAGAGACAGUGAUCUCCAGCCUCCUCGGCGAACAUCUGCCGAUGGACAGUGACAUCACUGAGCUGUGGAGAUCUCUGGGGGGAGACCCCUUGCUUGCCACUCAAGUCCUAAAGAUCCUGAUAGACAAGAUAAAGACUCCAACAAGACAAAAAGGCCGCAUCACCUCAGAGACUGAAAUCGACAGGGAUUUGGCAGCUGCUGAACCUCUCUCAGCAACAUGUGCCAUCUCUGAGGUGGUGUCAGCACUGCAGUCGAGCAAAGCUGUGCAGGAGCUGCUCCCAGAGUUGUUUCCUGUUCUCCUGCAGCAGGUCAGCCAAACCCUAGGACAAGAGAUGCCUUUGCCAAGGAUAAGCAGCGGGAUGCUAUUCCGAGAAGACCUACAACAUACUGAGGGCGACCCUUGCCGGCUUUCUAUCCAAGCAUUAGAGGCUGUGCUUUUCAAAGCUGGGAAUGAGAGACUGGGGAGAGCGCUCAGGGAGCAGAGAACACGGAGUCUGCUUGAAAACCCCAAGACUCACCAUGAGGGAGUGUGUCUGCUGGUGAGUGUUCUGCUAAGAGCUGGACUAAUAACACCUGAGAUCUUACAGAGCCUCCUCCCCUGGGUGAAUUCCCCAACAGAAAACCUCCGAGUCACCAGCACAGCUUUCCUUGCCCAGCUAAUGAGUGAUCCCAUGCUCAGGGAGAAGAAGUUCCUUAAGUCUGUCUUGAGCAUCUUGGAAGAAAGGUCACAUGAUAGGAACAGCAUUGUCCGCCAGAUGGCUGUGAGAGGCCUGGGAAAUGUAGUCUAUGGGGCACCUGAGAAGGUGAAAAAGUACAAGAAGUUUCUUCUGGACAUACUGAUCGGGGCCUUACAUGACAUUUUCAGUUCGGAAGUCAUUGGCGAGAGCAUGAAAGCACUGGCCAAAGUCCUGAAGGAGCUGAAAGAGAAGGACAUAGGUUCCUCCUUCAAAGACCUCACCCAACAGAUCCGGACUUACUUUGACGAUGAGGAUGAUGCUCUUCGCUCAAUGGCCUUUGUCCUAUUUGGCAUCCUGGCCCGGCUGACAAAGAGAAAAUGGAAGACCUAUUUUGCCGACCAGGUUAAAAAGAGCUGGGUCACACUUCUGCUGCACCUGCAAGACCCAAACCCUGAGGUUUCAAUGGCCAAAGAGAAUGCAGAGCUGCUGGAGAAAUUGUACCAAAUCACCAUCAUGUACUUCUAUAGCAGCUGGGAAGAGAUCCGGGCAGUUGCAGCCAACUUAGCUGCUCUCCAGGUCCUACAGAAAGACCCAAGUCCCACUGUCCAGCUGGUGGCAACUGAGAUCUUGGAAGAGGAUCAUGGCUUGGGGGAGUCACCAGCGGACAAGGUGAACAGGAAAGACGUUGCUCAG